CGUUCAUACUACGCGCUUUGAUGUUUGAGCUUCCAUGAAGUUUAGUACCCCAAUAUUAUGGCCAAAGUUAGACUUGACCUCAAGAUCCCAUCAUACAGUGCGUGGCGCAUGCGCAGACGAAGGGUUGAUUGUAGUGUAGUGAACUGGUUCAAAACAGAAGUGUGUUUUUAGCAAAUUUGUGUAUUUUUUCAAUCAGCCGGUCGUUGACAGUUGCUGUAAUUUUUAUGGAACUUAAACAUUGUUUUAACUUCAUUUUUAACAGAAGGAUUUUUAUCUCCAUUGCAUAUAUUACAAGGGUCAUUGGUGAUAAGCUUCACCAGCUUGCAGUUCCAAAAUCAUCGCGACAGAGUUUUGAGAGCAGUUGUGAGGCUCACACACGGUGGCUGCUUGUGGUUGUGGCAGUGUAAACAAGCGCUAUGAAUCCCUCAUACCACCUGGGGGGUGGGAGGAGGGUCUAGCCAGUUGUUAAAAACUACUGCUUUGUGUUUUAACCAAAGUGUGACCGCCUGAUUCAGUGCCAUUGUUAUCAGUUGAAACCUGUUUUGUAGCAUCAUGACGUUGUUUUGAUUGGUGUGUUCACUGAAUUGACUGUUCUCUGUCAAUUUGAUUGUAAAUCCCAGCAAGGGCAAAAUGCAACAGCAACAACAAAAUAAUUCUAACAGUUCCUUUCGAAAUGGCCCCCCAGGCCAAGUUCAAGUCCCUCCAUCCCAAGAAGUUUCAGCAGUGUCUGGAGAUGCUAUGGGCACAAAUGGAGACCAGUACUUCAACGCAACUUUUAAUGCCAUGGGCAUUCAAGACUUCCCUCCCUUCCGGGGAAGUGCAAGGCGCUCCAAUUUGGCAGGCCCAGGUGCUGGAAAACCAUUCAAUGCCUCAUCUGCCAUGGAUCAGAUGCCGGAUGAUUUUGCAGCACUCAACCUAGCUGUUGGACCGUUGCAUAAUAAGCAGGGCUCAGGAAAUGCAGGAGAAUUUGAACCCAAAUCUCCCGGACUUCCUCACAGCUCAAGCACUUCUUCAUUCGCAUCAUAUGCCUCCAUGUUUGGCCAGACGCCUAUAACGACCAGCGUGGGUCCUCAGAUUCCAUCCUCUGUCUUUGGUGGUGGUCAAGGUCAGGCCGUCUCGUCAGCCACUUCAGCCAACUCAAGUUCCCUGUUUGGACCUCCUGGAGCACCCUCUAAUGGCCGGGCCCCAACUGGCGGAACCUCAAUUUCGGCUCCCGUUUUUGGACCAGCUUCGCAACAACAGAGUGCUGCCGUCAGCUCUUCAAAUCCAGCAACUCAGAUGUUCGCACCGAGUCCUCAAAGUCUGGCUCCGGUGUCCUCCAACCCUGCCAGUCAGAUGGUUCCCGCAUCGACAAAUGGACUGGUGUUCUCCUCGUCCAUUAGCCCUAUCCAUAGUCCUGGCAUUUCACCGUCAGGCUCACCCCUGGCCGCACGUCGCAUGCAGUCGCCCAUCACCCCGGCUCUCCGACAAGCCACCAUUCCUCACAAGUCUGCUUCUUCCAAUCUGGUCCAGGAGAGUGUUGGAGGGACAACAUACUUCUACAACGCAGAAGAGUUUAAACCACAGAAUGAAGGUCCCAGCUUGACUCUGCCAGCUUUUUGUGCGUACUCUGGGAUGCCCUCGCAUGUCAUUCACUUACGAAUGAAGACAGCACUCCCCCAGUAUUUUGCUCCAGAUGAGCUCAAAAUGGAUGCAUUGAAUCGCCAUGUCCUUUCAAUGGUGCAAGUUGACCCUUCUUCUCCCAGUGCAGCUGAUUUGCCGUCGGAAGUGGACAACUACCAGAACUUGUGUCCAUUGGAGCGACCUGGGCCUCCCAGGCCGUCCAUGGGAAACCUCCCCUCCACCACAUACAAAGCUGUCAGCACUAAAGAUGGUGUUCACUAUUGCCUUAGGAGAAUUCACGGUUUUCGCUUGGCCAACACAAAGGUGAAUGCCAUCAUGGAAAGUUGGAAGAAGUUGUACCACCCCAAUGUUGUCACGCUCAAGGAAGUCUUCACAACAAAGGCUUUCAAUGACAAUUCCAUAGUUUUUGUGUAUGACUACCACCCUGGUGCAGAGACCCUGAUGUCUCAUCACUUUGCGUCCCACUCCCACAUGAACGGAUACAACCACCACCAUCACCACCACCAUCACCAUCAUCAUCACCAUUUCUCCAGGGAUCAUGGCAAGAAUAGCAGCAGCCCUCGCAACAUGAACAACAACUUGCUCCCUGAGAGUCUGAUCUGGACCUACAUUGUGCAGCUGAGCUCUGCACUAAGAGCCAUCCACGCUGCCGGACUGGCUGCCCGGUCUCUAGAGCCUUCCAGAAUCAUCCUCAGUGGGAAAGCAAGAAUACGCAUCAAUUGUGUUGGGAUUUUGGACAUCAUCACUCCUGAAAAUAGUGGAUCUACUUCGAACGUAGCAGCAUUCAAGCAAGAUGAUCUGACUGCCCUGGGGAGAAUCAUCCUGGCCCUGGCCUGCAACAACUUGAUGUCUGUUCAGAGAGACAACAUUCAGUCUGCCAUUGACAUUGUGCAGAGGAACUACUCUCCGGAUCUGAAGAAUCUGAUCUGCUUAUUUAUUUUUUGUCAUUACAGCUAUCUCCUGCAGAACCCCAAUCGCAUUCGCAACAUCAACGAUGUGAUGCCUAUGAUCGGAGCUAGGUUCUUCACACAACUGGACACUGCUCAGCUACGCAGCGAUGUCGUGGAGCAUGAGCUUGCCAAGGAGAUUGAGAAUGGCAGGCUCUUCCGCAUCAUGGUGAAGCUAGGCUCCAUCAACGAGAGACCUGAGUACCACUCUGAGCCAUCGUGGGCGGAGACUGGUGACAGGUUCAUGCUGAAGCUCUUCCGUGACUACCUCUUCCAUCAAGUGGAUGAGAAUGGUGCGGCUUGGGUGGACAUGGCCCACAUCAUUCAGUGCUUGAACAAGUUUGACGCAGGCGUGCCAGAGAAGCUGUGUUUGGUGUCACGGGAUGAGAGCAGCAUGCUGGUCGUGUCGUACUCGGAGCUGAAGCGAUGUUUCCAGUCCUGCUUCCAGGAGCUGGUGGCCCAGGCCAACCAAACAUCCAGCUUCUCGUAGCCAAGGCAACGAACUACACACCUCCCUGUGACUGAUCUGUUUUGUUGCUGACUUUUCUGCAAGGGGCGUGGUGUGUGUGUGUGUGUAUGUGUUUGUCGCAGGUGGAGAAUGUUGAUGGGGGGAGAUUUUAUUACGAAGAUGAAAACUUGCCCUUUGAUUUUUCUCUCUUGAUUUGUUGUAACAUUGGAACGUGUACUAAAAUUGAUUUGAUGAGAGGUUCAAGUCUCCUUUAUCCUCAUGUGCUGUUUGAUGUUUGAAAUUGAUACCAAAAGGAUUGACGUUUCCCUUAGAUAUACUAUGGAAAUUAAAAAAGGUUUUCUGACAGUACACAUCACAAUUGGAGUAAGACUAUAUUGUGAUAGUUUGAUUUUCAGUAUGUAUUCAGAACUUUGAGCGCUAUUAGUGGGAUGUAGUAGCCAUGAGGUCUAAACGAUUAGUGACCCCUUGCUGUUGCACAAACCUGCUAGGAGGGUUUUCAUAUGUUACUUGUUGGAACAGAAAUACUACUUAACAUGUUGAUGCCAUAUCUCUGCUUCUUUUAGCAUGGAAAGGAGUGAUGAUUACUGUGUCAGUUAAUACUUAUGUUGCUGUUUGAAUUAUUUGAGUUGGAAUUAUAACUUGUCUUAUUCCGUCUCCUCCAACACUUCAAAGUCUUGGUAGCAUUUUUUUAUGCUCUUCACUGUUUUCAUACUGGUUUGGAUUAUCAACUGCAUAUCUGAAAUUUGCCGCAAGUUCUGUAUGAAAAGAAAAAUUUUUAAGCUUGAAGAAAUUUUUAUACCUCUGUUGUCAUCUUCGAGACAUCCGGAGGUUUCGUUGAAAAGUGAAUGUUUCUGUGUGAGAGAUUUUGCAAGAUUGGAUUGGUGUUCAGAUUUUAUGAAAUCACGAUUUUAUUUUCUGGGUAGGUUCUUUGUUUUUCUCAGCGAUCUAUUUUCAAUCAUCACUGGAUGGAUGUUAUUACUGGCGUCUGUGGUAUAGUGUCUGUGUGUUCCACCGUCGCAUGCAGAAGACCUGAUUUUGACUCCUGUGUAGGAAGAAUUCUUACCCCGGUCUUUCGGCUGGGAUGUUGUAUCAUUCUCGGCACAAUUUGAACCUGAUAUGCAGGAUCAAAGUCUACCUUCUAAGUGGUUUAAAAUUGUGUGUGUUGAUAUGGGCGAAAAUACACCUACAUUUAGCCAAUUUUUUUCCCCAGAUGAUAUUGACCUCACAAGAGGUGUGUUCAGGGGUUAUUUUCUUUUUUACAUAUUAGGGAGGAGUAUGGAAGUGUCUCUGGAUUUGUGCAUUUAGUCAUCUGUAAGGAUUAUGUUGUUCCAUUUCGGUCCUGUUUACAGGGUAAGGUAGUCAGGAGGUACCUCUUCGUCAACACUGCCCUGUGUCUUUGGAAUGUGAACUUCAGAAAAUUAAGUGUUGAUGAUAUUCAGUCUAAUUUUUAAGUUUGCUUUUAGAUUUGUUAACGGGAGGAGCUACCCUUGGGGACCAUUUUCUAUGUUUGUUGCCCGAGAUCAAAUCUAAGUACACAUAAGUUAGACAUAGUAAAAUCUCUUGAUACGCAAUUUUAAUUUGGCAUAGCUACAGCAACCCUAUGGAAACGGCCACCAUCUUGAAAAUAAACAAUGAAUUUCAAAUCCCUAAUGCUUUCUUAUUUAUAGACCAAAUUUGGUGAGAGUAUACCUGAACCAGACCCUAUCAGAGUAACAGCAAGUUUUUUUCAAUAAGUGCAAAAGACAAAAAAAUAUGAGAAUUUUCCCUAGUAUAAAAAACCUUUUUCUAAAUUUAGGUUAAGUAAUCGCUUGCCAAUGGAAAAGUAUUAUUUUUUUUUCGCAAAGAUCUCUCUGUUUACAUUAUGUUGCCUGAAAGUUUCAUGUCAAAAGGAUGAGAACUAAGGAAGGAGUAGGGAAGAAACUGCAAAAAAAUUACAUUUCGCGAAAACCGACUAUUAUUGUGAAAAUUCUCUGUAUUAAUCCAUCCUCAUGUUUUUAAAGGCAAUUUACCUGGAAAAUAAAGUCUUUCUCUAUUGUAUCCAUGCUAUUUUUAGACAAAAAAACUGGUUGAUCUUCAAAAAUCAGCCAACAUAAAAUGUGCAUAGCCUGACCCAAAAUCUGCAAAAAUCAAGGGUCGCUCCUCCCCUUAAGUAAAAUUAUCUGUAAGGAGAAGACUGAUUUUUACUUGAAAUUCACGGUGUUAAUGAAGACAUAGUGGUAAGGAAAGUGACGACAAUAAAAUGUCUUUAAAAUGAAAUGUACUUUUCCCCCUUCAGUGAAGGAUAAUUUUAAUCGUGUGUGAUAGUGCAAAGAUAGAUUUUACAUAGUGAAUGCCAUUCACUGAAAUGUAUAACUUAUAACUCUUAUUUAUGCCAGUACAGUUGGAAUAGAAAGGGAAAAUCACUGGCAAAACAUUUUUAGCAAAGUAUCAUGAAUUAUCUCUCUUUGAGAAGUAGAGAAAGUGACACGUCCUAUGUCUAGAAUAAUCUCGAGCAUAAUUGUGCUUUCACCGUCUUUGCAGGCCUGGAAUUUUGGGGAAAAUGGAAGAGGUUUUAACAAAGUUGUAUGUUCUUUUCUGGUUCAGAAGGUUGACGAAAAUUUUAGAAAACUAUCCUACUUCAGAAUGAUAUAUUGUUACCUGUCCAUCUCCCAGAGGUGUGAAAAGCAACUUUGGUAUUGUGUGUGCCAAAUUUCUCUUUUGAUAUGUGAAAGAAAUUGUUCAGAGUUGGCCGAGAGUGCUCCGUACUUGAAUUACUUGCAAUAGCUUUUUCUUCCUCCAUUUUCUUUCUUUUUCUUCAUAUAUUAUUAGCUGUCAGCUAUAGACUAGACUGUUUAUUUUCUUUCCUUAUCUGCCUAAAUUAAUAGCUGUCAGCAAUAGACCAUUUAUUUCCUCCCCUGUGCAUAAAAUGAUAUAGAACCACAGACCUUAGUUAGUUCCACCAAUUGAAAUUUUGUCCCCUCUUGGAGAUACUGUUCUGGAGAGUGAUUUAUAGCCCAGGAAUUGUCAGGUGAAGAUCGACUGAUAAGUAUGACUGGGUGUGCAUUGUUAAGCCUUACACAGUCAACUAAACAUAAAUGUGAUUGAAAAAUGCUGAAGUAUGCGGUUCCAUGCAUGUUCUUGAACAUCCUCUGAGCCUAUUGUACAGCCUUUUGUGAUUAUGAUCAUAACAUCAUCUUGAUUUAUAAUGCCGGUAUAAUUCUCUUGGGAUUGUGUCAGAUCUGGAUAAUGUAACUGUUUUGUUUUUGUUUGUUUUUGUUCUUGGUGACCCAUUGUUGUUUUGGCCUUUAAGUGACUCAAAUUCAUGUAAGCAAUGUCCUCUGUGACGACGACGCAUUGGUUCUCAGUGCAAAAUGUAAAUAAUGUGAAUAAUGACUUUUUCUCAAAAUGUCAGCUUAUGUUGGACUGAAAUAUUUUUCUUUGAGAAAAGUAUCAGAAUCUCUGCCAGCCUGGUUGCAGUGCUGGGAACAGAAGUGUGCUGUUGAAUGAAUGUGUUUUGUUUUUAUUGCUGCGUUAAGUGAGUCAUAGGUACGGAUACAAUUUUGUGUUCAGCUGAAUGAUUGCUGUUACCUGAGCAACCUGUUGAUUGCUCUGUGAAUGUGCGUCUGUUAUGAAUAAAGGUUAACUCAUCGCUCACAA